GAAAUUGUUGAGUUUAAUAUUAACGAAACCGCCAGUGGUGUAUAUCUGCGCAGAAAGCUGCGCGUAGUUAUGAGUCUAUAAAAAUUGUUCAUAUCGAAGUAUUGCCGCAGAGCCACAGACGAGAGGAAGGAUUCUCCGGUAGUCAGCGAACCAUUUUUCUGUCGUCAAACGGAUCAAGCUUUUUGUGAGACUUGGAUCGAUCACAAAAAGCGGGAUUCGCUUUUCGCAUAGGAAUUGGCCUGUUGAAGGAGUACCAGCUUAGUCGCAUAGAACCUUUAAAAAUUAUUUAUAAAAUGGAAGAAAUGCGUCAACAACAGCAGGUUGGGCCUACUAUGCUCUCCAAUGUAGGCAAUGUUCCCAACCAUUCAAAUAAUGCCCAUCGUCGCAGUAGAACUCGGAUAACAUUACAUGCCAUGAUGUCAGAGUCAUUAUCACUACCUGAAGCAGCUCGUUUAGAAAUGGAAGCAUUACCUAAUAAGACACCUGUAUCAGUUCUUCAAGAACUACUAUCUCGUAGGGGUACAAUACCUAAAUAUGAAUUAGUUCAAGUGGAAGGUGUCAUACAUGAACCUACAUUUCGUUAUCGAGUUACUGUUGCUGAUGUCGUCGAUCCAAUUGUUUCAGCAAUGGGGACUGGUAGAUCUAAAAAAGAAGCCAAACAUGCUGCAGCCAAGGCUGUUUUAGAUAAAUUAAUUGGAGUAAAUAUUGAGUCUGCAGAAUCUCCUCUUCCAAAAAGUUUAGCCGAUUCUCAAAAUCUACCAGAACUUGAAGGAUACGGAGAAGAAAAAGGUUUAACCAAUCCAAUUGGAGUUCUCCAAGAAAUGUGCAUGUCUCGUCAUUGGCCACCACCAAAAUAUACAAUGGAAGGUGAAGAGGGAUUACCGCAUGAAAGAAAAUUUACUAUUGUUUGUUCUAUUUUGAGUUUUCGUGAAGUUGGCUAUGGUAAAAGUAAAAAAAUUGCGAAGAGGCAUGCAGCUCAUAAAAUGUGGCUUACUCUUCAUGAUACAAACAAUCAAACUAAUAUGGAUGGAGAUGAGAUUAUGCAAAAGACUGCAAAUGUAAAUGCCCGUUAUGCUGACCUGAAAGGUAGCAAAAUUUCAACAUUAACAACGCCUCAUAGUCAUAAAGUUUCACUAUUUCACAAGAACCUCAAGUCUUCCACAGGUGUAAAACUUUUUGAAUUACAGAAUACUUGUUUGAAUGAUGGUGAUGUAAAUUUGGUACAAUUCUUGCAAGAGAUUGCUUCAGAACAACAGUUUGAAGUAACGUAUGUUGACAUUGAAGAAAAGUCUAUUAGUGGUAAAUGCCAGUGCCUUGUGCAACUGUCCACAUUGCCAGUGGCAGUUUGCUAUGGUUGCGGUGUAACCAGUAAAGAUGCUCAAGCCAGUGCUGCUCAAAACGCUCUUGAAUAUCUCAAGAUCAUGACCAAGAAGUGA